AUGAGCUCGUCUGCUCCAUCCGGAAGCAACAAGAGGCUCGUCCUUGCCUACUCUGGCGGUCUCGACACCUCCACUCAGCUCAGGUGGCUUGCCGACAAGGGUUACGAAGUCAUCGCUUUCACCGCCAAUCUUGGACAGGAGGACUUCUCGGGUAUCGAGGAGAAGGCGCUGAAGUCUGGAGCCGUCAAGGCUUAUGUCUUGGAUCUUCAAGAAGACUUCGUCAAGAACUACGUCUUCCCCAUCAUCCGAUCCAACGCCAUCUACGAGAGCAGAUACUUGCUCGGAACCUCUCUUGCCCGUCCCUGCAUCUCUAAGGCUCAGGUUGCGAUCGCCAAGAAGGAAGGCUGCAAGUACGUGUCCCACGGGUCCACAGGAAAGGGUAACGACCAGGUUCGCUUUGAGCUCAGCACCUACGCUCUCGCCGCUGGCCUCGAGUGCGUUGUGCCAUGGCGCAUCCCCGAGUUCUACAACAAGUUCCAGGGCCGCCAGGACCUCCUCGCCUUCGCUAAGGAGCGUGGAAUUCCCAUCGCUAUGGACGCAGGGAACAGGCCUCCCUACAGUAUGGACGAUAACAUGUUCCAUAUCUCGUUCGAGUCCGGCGUGCUCGAAGACCCGGCUGCUACUCCUCCUGAGUCCACCCACAAGUACACCACUCCCCUCGCAAAGUGCAAGGAAACGCACGAUGAUGUGCAGAUCUGGUUCGAGAAGGGAGACCCUAUCAAGGUGAAGAACCUCAACACUGGAGAGGAGGCAAGCACUCCCGCAAACAUCCUCAAGUUCCUCAACAGGAUCGGUGGACAGCAUGCCAUCGGCCGCAUCGACAUCGUCGAGAACCGUUACGUCGGCAUCAAGUCACGAGGAGUCUACGAGACUCCAGGAGGCACUAUCCUCCGUGCCGCUCACUUGGAUAUCGAGGCUCUCACGCUUGAUCGCGAGGUCCUUAGAAUCCGUGACAUGCUCUCCUUGAAGUACUCUGAGUUGGUCUACAACGGCUUCUGGUUUUCUCCCGAGAUGGAGUUCUUGCAGCACUCGAUGGACUUCACUCAGCGCCAUGUCAACGGAGAGGUUCGCCUUCGCCUCUUCCGCGGCAACGCCAUUGUGCUCGGACGCUCCUCUCCCAACUCUCUCUACAACAAGGACAUCGUGUCCAUGGAUGUGGAGGGAGGAUUCGACGUCUCUCACUCGGAGGGAUUCAUCCGCACCCAAGCCCGUCGCCUCCAGGCCUACCGCAACAUGGCGUACCCCAAGGGCAGGGAUCUUCCAUCGGUCUGA